AUUAUUAUUUGCCAGGGGAACCAGAAAAUCCGGAACUUUGUAGGCUAAGCUGACGGGACAUAAAGAACGUAACACAUCGGUGCCGUAUGGUUGCGGAAAUAAGGACUCCCUGACGAUGCAGUGCUACUUGAGAAGCAUUGAUGGCAAACACAACCCAAUUGCACUUCCUGAUGGUGUUGGGGUCAUCCUUGGAAGAGGGCCAGAGACUGGCAUAACAGACAAGAAAUGUUCUAAGAAACAAGUGGAGCUUGUUGCAAAUAUUGAAAGGAAAAUUGUCCGUGUUGUGCAGUUUGGGUCUAAUCCUGCAUCUGUUGGAGACACAAAACUGAAGCCAGGUGAGAGCACAUUGCUCAAAGAAGAUGAAAUCCUCUGUUUGGUGAAUGGACUUCACAAGUAUUCUGUUAGCUUUGCAGAGGAGAUAGCCAGCAGCACAACCAACCCUAGAAAACCCAAGGAAAGGUUAAACGUUCGGAAAACGACAUCAUUGGCGCCGUCUCCAAAAAAAACACUUAUUGACUUUUUUGGAGCAAAAAGAUCUGAAGGCCAAAAGAGAAGCUCUCCAGAUGGGGAUAAGAAACCAGAACAAAGCAGAAAGAGAUCAAAGCACGAGGAUCCGAGUAUGGAAAAUAAAGAAGAGAGCGAUGAUUCGGAAGAGGAGGAUGUUGCACGUAAACUAAAAGAAUUACAGCAGAUUGCGGCUAAAGCCAAUAAGGGGAACUCUGAGACCGUGCAAAAUCCUUCAGAUGUGACCAAAGAAGGAUCCUGCACCAAGGAUUGUUGGGAAGAACAUGGGAAGCUUUUACUAUUUAACAAAAAAGGUGUCCAGUCAAGUUCUAAGAUUGUUGGAUUUGAUAUAGAUGGAACAAUCAUUACUACAAAGUCAGGCAAAGUGUUUCCUACUGGCCCAGAUGACUGGAGAAUUUUAUAUCCAGAAGUUCCCCAAAAACUGAAAUCUCUUCUAGCUGAAGGAUACAAGGUUGUCUUCUUUACCAAUCAGAUGGGAAUAAGUCGGGGCAAACUAAGGCCCGAAGUUUUUAAAGCAAAAACUGAAGCAAUAUUGGAGCGUUUGGGAAUUCCUGUGCAGGUCUUUGUUGCCACUGGCAUGGGGAUCUACCGUAAACCUGUAACUGGGAUGUGGGACCAUCUGUGUGAUAAGGCAAACGAUGGGAUCAAAAUUAAUAAAGAAGAGUGUGUCUAUGUGGGAGAUGCUGCUGGGCGCCCUGCAAAUUGGGCUCCUGACCGCAAGAAGAAAGACUUUUCCUGCAGUGACCGUUUGUUCGCUUUAAAUCUUGGCUUAAAGUUCUUUACACCAGAAGAAUAUUUCCUUGGGUGGAAGAAAGCUCCAUUUCAGCUCCCUACCUUUGAUCCGAAAGCAUUGGAUCCCAAGGGUCCACUAUAUGAUCCUUCUUCUGCCUCUCUGGUAUCUGCAUCCCCUGAAGUGGUGGUGUCAGUCGGCUUUCCGGGAGCUGGAAAAUCCACAUUCCUAAAAGAGCAUGUAGUACCAAAGGGCUAUGUGUAUGCAAACAGGGACACACUAGGUAACUGGCAGAAGUGUGUGGCAGUGUGUGAAGAUGCCCUGAAAAACGAAAAGAAUGUUGUUAUCGAUAACACCAACCCUGAUGUAGAAUCUCGCAGGAGGUAUAUUGACUGCGCAAAAAAAGCUGGUGUACCUGUGAGAUGCUUUUUUUUCACGGCCUCCAUUGAUGUGGCAAAACACAAUAAUAGGUUCCGGGAGAUGACUUACACGGGCAAAGCACAUGUUCAUGUUAAUGAUAUGGUUAUCAACAGCUACAAAAGCAAGUUUGUCGAACCAACAGUCAAAGAAGGCUUUAGUGAAAUUCUUAAAAUCAACUUUGUACCGUGUUUUAAGGAUCCCCAGCUAGAAGAUUUGUACAAUCAAUUCUCGGAAGGAUGAAGGGGUUAGAAAAACAGGCUUUUGUUUUAAACAAAUAAGAAUUAUACAAUCAAAUAGCUUUAUUUUUAAUAUAACCUCUUUGCUGAAAUGGCUGAAACGUUUCUUUUUAUGUGUGUAACAACUUUUACAUUUUGUGGAAGCCCAUUUAACGGUUGCAUGAUUACUGUAAAUAGAAAAGCCUUAGAAUCAGGGGACUCAGAGUGUAAUUGACUCACUUGGCCACUGGGUGGCAUUCUCAGCCUAUAUCUAUAUCUAAGAUUGUUUUUGCAUCACAUUCCAUUCUUAUUAAAAAUAUAAAAUAAAUUUGUCCAAACUGAGAUUGUCAAUAUUUAAAUAUGGAACUCAUAAUAACCAUUGGCAAGGCUGAACCUUGCUGGGAGAAGUUACUGCAGACUAUAUGACACCUACUGUCUUUUUGACAUUGUACCAGUGUCAGUGAUCUCAUCUUUGGCGAUUGUACAAGCUGUUGAGUUCCUUCUAAUCUGUCCCUAAAUGCAGACAUGUAAUAAGCCAUGGCAUUGGCUGUUAGGCUUGCAAUUUCAUUAAACAUAUUCCCCCUAACUUGUGAUGCAUGAUGUCAUCAUUUGGUUGGAGAUGUAACAACUAUUGGUCUGUUAUUCAUUUAAUAAAAAUGUUUUUCAUUAUAGAUGUAAUAAGGUCUCAGAGCAUUCAUUUCUAGCAGUGGAAGCAAUGCCAGAAUUGCAUUUUUUUAGCAAAUAAAUAAAAACUAGGCAAUGAUAUGUUUCCUGUGAAAAGUUCCCUAAAAAUUCCAAGCUCACAAUUAAUCACUGCAUUGCAAAAUAUCUGUACACAAAAUAAAUGUUUUACAAGCA